AUGCUUCAAUGUGAUCAUCAGAACACGCGCCAAUUCUUCUUUUACGAUAUCUAUCUAUCUAUCUAUCUAUCUAUCUAUCUAUCUAUCUAUCUGUCACUGGGGAUUGAGAGAAAACCCAAUAAGCGCUGUGAUCAGUCGCUCACGCGCAAGCGCAGUUUGUUAGCGCACCGUCUCGCAGGCCGCAUCAGGCAGCGACGAGAAUGUAGAGAAAAGUUAACAACGGCUUCACCCAAUCGCAAGGCGCUAAACACGAGGAAAGAAGAGCGAGAAGAAAAGAAAGUCCAAAUUGAGCGGCACGACGAAUAUUGUCUACGUUGUAGGGCUUUACCGUACGGCAGGAACAAGCAUAAAUCUAUCUAUCUAUCUAUCUAUCUAUCUAUCUAUCUAUCUAUCUAUCUAUCUAUCCCAGUCUCCAUAUCUAUCUAUCUAUCUAUCUAUCUAUCUAUCUAUCUAUCUAUCUAUCUAUCUAUCUAUCCCAGUCUCUUCACUAUCUAUCUAGUUAUAAAUUGUAAUUUUUUCCCAGUCAGUCUGAUCAUACUGAAAUCUCAAAUCAAUCUAUCAUUAUUUAUUUUUCAUAUCAAUCUAUUUGCAUCGAACCCCACUCUCUAUAUUUACCUUCUAUCUAUCUAUCUAUCUAUCUAUCUAUCUAUCUAUCUAUCUAUCUAUCUAUCUAUUUUUAAAACUUCUAAUCACCCCCCUCCCCAUCCAAAACGAUUUUUUAUGGAACUCGAAUCCUGGAUCGAAUAUGGAUUAUUACCAACGGUAGUGGGACUGUUAAAGACGGACAACAAGACGGAAGGGGAGGCGGUUUGGUCGGUGAAGCAGCGUUCUUGGACCGGCGAAAGACGGCACUUGGGAAAGGCACUACGGUUGCAACAUCAGGGACUGCGGUGGCGGGCAACAAGUCGUCGGCCUUAG